ACAAUAAAAUGAUUUUCUUUCUACUCUUUGUGGUCAUUCCUAUUUGCCUCGUCUUUCUUCUCCCUAAAGUCAAAAGGGGUAGAAAAAAUAAGCUUCCACCAGGUCCUAUAGGGCUUCCAUUCAUUGGAAAUUUGCAUCAAUUUGAUAGUUUUGCUCCUCAUAUUUAUUUUUGGAAACUUUCCAAAAAGUAUGGAAAAAUAUUAUCAUUGAAACUUGCUUCUGUUCAAAUUGUUGUAGUUUCUUCAGCAAAAUUAGCAAAAGAAGUACUCAAGACACAAGAUUUAGUAUUUUGUAGUAGACCUUCUCUUGUUGGCCAACAAAAAUUGUCUUACAAUGGUCAUGAUAUUGGUUUUGCACCUUACAAUGAUUAUUGGAGAGAAAUGAGAAAAAUAUGUGUUCUUCAUUUAUUUAGUCUCAAGAAAGUGCAAUUAUUUGGUCCGAUUCGAAAAGAUGAAGUCUCAAGAAUGAUCAAGAAAAUAUAUCAACUAGCUGUUAAUUCUCAAGUCACCAAUUUGAGCAAUUUGAUGAUUUCACUUAAUAGUACAAUUAUUUGUAGAGUUGGUUUUGGUAUUAGAUUUGAUGAAGAAGCACAUGAAAGGAAGAGAUUUGAUUAUAUUAUGGUUGAAGCUGAAGCUAUGUUGGCAAGCUUUUUUGUGUCUGAUUUUUUUCCAUCUUUAAGUUGGAUUGAUAAACUCACUGGACUAACAUAUAGGCUUGAGAAGAAUUUCAAAGAUUUGGAUGAGUUUUAUGAAGAACUAAUUGAACAACAUCACAAUCCCAAUAGGCCAAAAUCCAUGGAAGGAGAUAUUAUAGAUCUUUUGCUUCAAUUGAAGAAAGAGAAAUUAACACCAAUUGAUCUCUCUUUGGAGGAUAUAAAAGGAAUUCUCAUGGUAAUUUCCCAUUUCUUUAACCUAUCUACUUCUACACGCGCUCACACACACAUAUACGUAUAUAUAUAUAUAUGUGUGUGUGUGUACAUUUGUACAUAUGUAGAGAAAGAUGACAAAUGA